AGAAUCGAGCGAAAGAGAUCUGGACUUGCUCUGAAACUGAAUGUCAGAUGUGGUGAUUUCCACUCAAAAAAUUAUUGUUUAAGCAUGCUUAUUUGAGCCUUCGAGUCAUUGAUGAUUAGAUUCUUUUGGCUCUGGUAAGGCUGUACACGAUUUAGCCCUUUUUGCAUUGUAGGCCCAACUCGAGAGUUGUAACCGACUACUCAUACUCUACUGUGCAGCGCAGCCUCAUGCAUGCCAGGCAGCAGUAAAUGAUUUAAAAAAUAAUCCUUAAAGUACACUUGAGAUACCAACAUAGAUUAAUCGACAACGCAGAACAGAUGUCGCAUCAUAAAGAGAGGAAGCUGUUGCUGAGAGACUGGCUGGAAGUGCAGCUGGAUUCUGGACGCGCUCAGGGAAUUGAAUGGUUUCAGAAGGAGAACGGACUAUUCAAGAUGGUGUGGCGUCAUGCAAAUAAUCCCAUUUGGCAUGAGGAGGACGGAUGGAUUUACAGGGAAUGGGCUAUCCACAAGGAUCACUACAAGCCAAAUUCUGAUGGAAUCUGGCCCGAGGCUGAUUACCCGACAUGGAAGGCACGAUUUAGAUGCGCCGUCAAAAGGUGCAAUGAUAUUGAGGAGGUGCCAAUUCAGAAAACCUCUGGACAGGCAAAAAUUGAGUGGAAGAUGUACAAGCUUAUGCCAAAGAGAGAUCGGAGGUCUGUACCUAUGUUCCCUACUUUCACCUCCACAGUGGUCGGCCAGAUUUCAGACAUCGACUUUGGUUCCCCCAUUUCCAGCCAGGCUGGAGACCAAUCAACAGCUAUAGUCACCAUGGGAGCAUAUUCUACAGAUAUAAUUCAUACUGUUGCCUUCGCCACGCAGAGCGAGAUCGACAAACUUCCAAGGAAUAUUCCUGCCGUGUUGUCUGGUAUUCAAGGUACUCCACCCUCAUCCAUGGCAACAGAAGUCGCACAGCAGGAGGCAACUUUUUCAGGCGGACUACACAACAUCCUGAACCAAGAUCUUUUGCAGAUGUCACCUGAAAUGUUUGCGGAGUGUGGACAAGCUCUGAUGGAUGUUUCAAUUGGCAAUUCAAUAGAAAUAGAUAAUGCUGGCGCUGUGUGUGAAAUGCCGGACUCUGUUUCGUACAUGAGCUUUAAAAGUCCACCGAAGGAUCAUGACACGUGUUUAUGGCUGCGCUACAAGAAAGCAGUGAUCGGAAAACACUACAUCCAGAACGAAAAAGGUUGUCGAAUAUAUUAUUCAAAUCAGCCAAAUAUUCCCCAACUCUCCGAGCAGUAUGUUGGUACCAAUCACAUUGGUUUUCCGUCUCCACAUUUUUAUGGCAAAGGAAAUUUGGAUGCCAUGAGCUUGGAAAAUACUGAAAAACUCCUCUCAUGUAUGGACAAUGGUCUCCAUAUCUAUUGCGACAAUGACUGCAAUAUCUAUGCCACCAGGUUAUCUCGCUGUCGAAUAUAUUAUGCAGAUCCGGCCAUGAAUGCCGCAGAGCCAAUCCUUAUGCCACGAAAACAAAAAAUCAAAGUAUUUGACAGUUUGAAGUUCAGGCAAAGUUUUGCAGAACUACAGUCUAGGAAUGGGAGCGGACCACGGCCAAGUGUAUGUGUGCUCUUCGCUUUUGGAGAGCAAUGGUCGCUAACCAAGGCCAUCGAUAAGACGCUGAUAUCUGCGACGCUUAUCAAUGCCCAAUCUUGGCAUCAGUUAAGCAAGUAUCUGGCCUGGAUCAAGGUUCAAGACGAGCUAGCUGGCAGAGGUCGGAAAGAAAAUGAAGACAUUAAAGACCUGAGUUCUGAGUAUGACAAAAUGUCUUUCGAAGUAGAAUCGAAUAAAUCCUAAACAAUUGUAAGAGU